AUGUCAUCUGCUUCGCAGGCAACCGCGAAGCCAGAGUACUGGCCGAUCAAGAUUGCUCGAAGCGAUGGGCAGGGAUAUCAGAACCUGGACAAUAACGCGCUUAGCGACAAUGAUGACCAGGACGUGACACAGCGCGAGCGCUGGGAGGUCAUCAUUGCAGGGCACCUCCAGACCCAGCUGGGCCCUAAGGACGACACGCGGCAGUACAAACUCGAUGGGUUCCCCAACGGUUAUGAGUUGCGUUAUUCAGUUCGAAAGGAUGGAGUUAGCAGGGACUACUACCUCUACGGCCAUCCAGCUGGGCCUAAGGCCGUCUACCGGACCCCAGGAGAUUUUGCCCUCCAUGUUAUGUGGCUGGCUAGCGGCUCAACAGACAACAGCCAGUGUCCCUGCGACCUCUGUCAUAAAUAUGUGAAGGAAAAGGAACUCGCAGCGGCCAGCGCUGCCCGUCGGAACCAGCCUUUGCAACAGGCAUGCACUCAGCCCCAACAGCAACUUUAUCCACAACAGCAGCCUCAGGCUCAUAAGCAGACCCAACAGUUGCCAACCCAGCAACUGCAGCCACUACAUCAAAACCAGCAGCAGCAACCAUACCACCAGCAACCGCCAUUCCAGCAACAGCAGCCUCAACAACUGCAGCAACAACUGCAGCAGCCCCAGCAAUCUCAACAGCAUCUGCAGCAACAGCAGCAAUAUCAACAUCCACAACCCCCACCACAACCACCUCCCCAGCAACCUAGUCCUCCUGGUACAACUAGCUGGGCCAACGUUUUUAGGGUUGGUGAACUGGUGUGGUAUAAGCAGGCCGCCUGGCGGCUCGGUGUGAUUCUCUUUAUAUCACCAAAGCCUGGAAUCGAUGCCGUCAGCCGACCGCCGACCGAUGAGGACUACCAAUUUACCCUAGCCCCUUUGGGCCAUCUGUUGCUACCCCAGGCCACCGUCGUCAAGGAAUGCCACGACAUGCGGCCAUUCCUGACGUUUAGUGUGCCAAAUCCUGGUUUGGAGGACCUCAAGGAUAAGUCCUUUGAUGCUGUCGACUGGCAGGGGCAGAUAACGAUGCGUUGCACAAAAGAAACAGAUCCUCAGAAGCGGGUUUACAACCAGCAGGUCAUCUGCCUCGAGGCAUCUAAACUCGGCGCUCGAGCUAUCAACGACGCUUAUUCCACUUUCAAUUUUCUGGGUGAAACAACCACGGCCAACGGGGCUUUCCGGCUCUAUCAUUACGAGGGAGUCUACCUUGGCGCUGAGAUGAUCCGGAUUGGAGAUCCCAUCCGAGUAACCGUCCGCUCUUCUGUCAUUGCGGACUCAUCUGUUGCAGCUACUGAGGCCAUCAUUGCAGCCACCGUUCCACCUGAUGCCACAGUCGUUAUGCUUAUCGAUUCUAUCGAGGUGUUAUUCCCGGCAGCUCCUCCUCAUCGCUGGUAUCUUCAGUUUCGCGGAAGUCUGUACCGCCCCUAUCGUCGCAGCAUGUCUGAGCCGGUUCCGUCGAAUGCUGUUCUUCAGCCGGCAAGUCUCGGCCAAGUUUUCUCCGAGGAGAUGGCGAUGCGCAAUCAGAUUGAACCCAGGGCUCGCACGGGCAUGGAGUGGGUCUGGCUUCGCCUUGGAACGGAUGGACCAGGGCCAGCCCAGGCUGUUGUUCGGGCGGAGCAAGACGUGCUUGGACGUUUCUACGUGACCACUCGCUUGAUGGAGGUUAUCGACCCAAAUAAGCUCAAGGACUGGGUUGCGAGAGGUGCUGUGGAAGAAGCACCUGCGUAUUUGAACAAUCGUGGUCAUAGUGGUGGAGGACAGCUGACGGGCAGGAAGCCGAGUCGGACGGCAACAUUGGGAGAAAGCGUCUCGACAACAUUCGUGGCACCUUCGGGCAUAAUUGAGAAUUGA